CAAUUUUAUCCCGUCAGCUGACUGGGAGCGAUCCCCGGAGAGGGGCCGCCGCUCCUACAAAAACAGGGAAGGCGAGCGGCAAGGGCCGCGUGUGGUCUCUCGUCCGCGGCUCCCUCUGCGUCCCACAGACACCGCAGCGCCAGCAUGGCGCCCCGCAGCCUCCUCCUCCUGCUGCUCACGCUGGCCGGGCCCUGCGCGGCCCUCAUCAGGAUCCCUCUGACCAAGUUCCCUUCCAUGCGGCGGGUCCUGAACGAGGUGAACAGUGAGAUCCCAGACAUGAAUGCUCUGACCCAGCUCCUCAAGUUCAAGCUUGGCUUCAGUGAGGUGGCUGAGCCCACUCCAGAGAUCCUGAAGAACUACAUGGAUGCCCAGUAUUAUGGUGAGAUUGGCAUCGGAACCCCACCACAAAAGUUCACUGUGGUCUUUGACACUGGCUCCUCCAACCUCUGGGUGCCAUCUGUGCACUGUCACCUGCUGGACAUCGCCUGUUUGCUGCACCACAAGUACGAUGCCUCUAAAUCCAGCACCUAUGUGGAGAACGGCACCGAGUUUGCCAUCCACUAUGGGACAGGGAGCCUCUCUGGGUUCCUCAGCCAGGACACUGUCACGCUUGGCAACUUGAAAAUCAAGAACCAGAUCUUUGGAGAAGCUGUGAAACAGCCAGGCAUCACAUUCAUUGCAGCCAAGUUUGACGGAAUCCUGGGCAUGGCAUUCCCAAGGAUCUCUGUGGACAAGGUCACCCCUUUCUUCGAUAACAUCAUGGAACAGAAGCUGAUUGAGAAAAACAUCUUCUCUUUCUACCUAAACAGAGAUCCUGCUGCUCAGCCUGGUGGCGAGCUGCUCCUGGGGGGCACCGACCCCAAGUAUUACAGUGGCGACUUCAGCUGGGUCAAUGUCACACGCAAGGCUUACUGGCAGGUCCACAUGGAUGCGGUGGAUGUUGCCAAUGGGCUGACCCUGUGCAAAGGGGGCUGCGAGGCCAUCGUGGACACAGGAACUUCACUCAUCACUGGCCCCACUAAGGAAGUGAAGGAGCUGCAGACAGCCAUUGGUGCAAAACCACUCAUCAAAGGCCAGUAUGUGAUUCCCUGUGAUAAAGUGUCAUCUCUGCCUGUCAUCACACUAACGCUAGGAGGGAAGCCCUACCAGCUCACUGGAGAGCAGUAUGUCUUCAAGGUUUCUGUACAAGGAGAGACCAUCUGCCUGAGCGGCUUUUCAGGCCUGGACGUCCCACCCCCUGGGGGCCCACUCUGGAUCCUGGGAGAUGUCUUCAUCGGUCCCUACUACACUGUAUUUGACCGUGAUAAUGACUCUGUUGGCUUUGCCAAAUGUGCCUAAACGCCUGACCCACCUCCCACUGCCUCUGCCACACACACACUUCCACACAUGCACAGGAGCCAUGGAGAAAGAUUACCACGAUUAGAAAUCCAGGGAGUGGAAAGAAAAAAAAAAAAAGAAAUGGAACUAGGUUUAAAAUUACAUGGAAAAUAGUCAUUAGUGUCCUGCUGGCCAUGUUUUCCCCUCUGUUGAGUAGGUGGUGCUGGGAGGUCUCUAGUUGAUGACUCCAGCUGGAGUAGCCCCUCGCUUUACUGCUAGGUCUUCCAGUAUCUGUUUUUAAGACUGAUUCUCAGAGCUGAACAAGGCCCUCUCAUGUCUCCCAGCCCUGGUCUCCUUCCUGGGGGGCAGCUGGCUGGAGCCAGCCCCUGACACCUCUGUUCCUGCAGAGAGGCUGUGCAGCUGCUCUUGGGUUUGGGCUUCUGAGCUGGGGGAGAGGGACAGGGCAGGCUGCUGGCAAGUGAUUUACUACUUUGUGCUUUAUCACUGUUGAAGUGGGGGAGUGGAUGGCUUCAUCACGCCUCCAUGACAGAUUCAGGCAGCGACAGCAAGGUCAUUUCUCAAUGGGUUUGUACUGGCUUGGUCCUAAAAGAACGUGUCCCGUGCUGGAGCAAUGGGGGAUUGUGGUACCAUGCCCAAGGGCUCUGGUUGUGUGCUUUUGUGUAGUGAUGACAGUAGUGAGAGAGCUGGAGAUGUGACGUCCCCAUGCCUGACCUUGCAGGACAGGAAUUUGAAGGGGAGCUCCAGCCAGUGGGAAUCUUUAGGGAGUACAAAUAUAAAGGGGGUCAAGAUAGGAUCUAGUAGAGGUCACUUGAACUCAUAGCCACAAAGGCCUGGCUUUCUGCUGAGCAAAGUCACUUGACAAAGGUUCUCUCUAGUUUGGUGAACUUCUGCCAGCUUCUGCAAACUGCAGAUCUCCCCAGCCUCAUCUGCAGCCAGUGAGCUGAGAAUAAUGUUUCCUAAAGCAGUUAAGUGAUCUACAAGCCUAAAUCACAUGGAUAAACUCUGUAGGUGUUUGUCAGCCACAUAGGACCUUUUGGAAACAUUAUUCUCAGCAUUUUGAACUGCCCAAAACCAGACAGUUGGCAGAGCCAGCAAGCCUCCUGUGCAGGAGGGUGCUGUGGCAGCUGCUGGGCUUGCAUUCACUGUUCCUGCCACCCCAUUGUGAAAUCCAACUGCCUUUAACCUGUUUUCCACCUUACUAGUGCUGGUGAGAGCCCUGUUCAUGUCCACCCUGUGUUGCACAUGAAGUGAGGCACAGUCCUGCUUCAGAGAGGUUGUAGCUGAUUUAACUUUCCUAGUGUGUUGGAUAAGGUCCUGAAGUUAGGGAGUGGCAGCAGGUGAGGGGUAAAGCUGGGAGUGGCAAGGGGACCAGAUCAGCCAUGGCUGUGACCCCAGACUAGGCAAAAGUGAUAGUAAAAUCCUGGCUUCCCAGAAUUCACUGAUAAUCCUGCCAGCAGUACCAGUGGGGUCAAGGAAGUUCCCAGGAAAGGUCUUUGACAGUGGGUGAAUAGGUUAUGCCUGGUAAAAUGGAUAUACAUCAUCCCCAAUAUUGAAUUCUCCACAAGCAUCAGAGGCACCACUGGGGAAGAGGUCCUAAGGUACGUAUGCACUGUGGUUGAACAGUGCGUAUGUAGUUUAUGGAUCCCCUGUCCCCACACACUGCAGCUUGGCUUUAUAACCGUGCCACACACCUUGGAGCGGUCUGGAGUGAGCAGUGCAGUCAGGCCUGGGCGCACCUGGGACACAUGCAUUGUCCCCUGCGACCUUGGAUGUGACAAAUGCUGCUCCCAAACCUUGCUUCUGUUGGCUUAUAAUCUUCACCUGCAUCUGGGUGCCGAAGGACAUCUGUUGCAGACAGGCUAGAGAACAGUGGCAUGUUACCAAAAAAAGAAAUCAUCAAUGGUACUUGAAAAUCAGCCGAUAUUCAGCACCUCUCCAGAGAGCCCCAGCUCCACACCAAUUAAAGUGCCCAGAGCGCCUCCAAGCCCUGCUGCAUCAUUUCCCAGCUGCAGGAUUUCUUCAGCAUGGCGAGACAAGAGAUAGCCUCUUGGGUACCCGCUAAUCAAGACCUAAUGUGGGGCAGGGAAGUCUGACAUGGAGCUGGCAGUGGGUUUUGAAUGUCUUCAGCAUCACAUCCAAGCAGGACGUGCAGCACAGCCCCAGAACAAGCCAUUGGGCUGCAGCUCUGGUGCACUGCAAUGCCUUAUGUUGUCUGAGUCAUAGCCUCCACAGUAACCCAAGGCUGAGCUAUGUCUGUUGCAGGGCAGGCAGGAGGCUGCUGCCUAGAGAAUGAGCACAGCCCAAAGUGAUUCCCUGAGUGACAUACCUUCAGAUAGGCUGGAGGAGCAGUUCAUUGUAGUCUUCCCUGAAUGGGCCUCCUCCCCUUGUUCUUUUAUUUGCAUUUUUAAACCAAACUCUAACCACAUGACUGUAUUUUUUAAAUCUAAUUUGCUGUCAGAAUUACUGUCUCAUUGUAGAAAAUUGAAAAGAAAAUACAGUAUUUCCCCCCUUAA